UUGAGCGUGUUGUAUUUCGUAAAUGCCAUUAACUUUAAUAAAUACCAAUUUAUUAAGAAAAACAGGCUUGAAUUCUGCUUUCUAUUUUAUAGAUGUGUUGAAUGAAGACCAUAGAAGUAUUUUAAAAUGCCGUGGUUCAGUGAGCUUGAAUUGAUCAGAUAGAUGCAGUUAUGAUGUUAUUAAUUUACUUACCAUUUUCAUAUCAUUGGUCGAGUAAACACGGCGCCUAUACGAUGUGGUAUGCAGCGUUGGUGCGUUUCAUCAGAAGGAGAUUAGUAUUGGGAAUAAUAUUUGCAUCUUCACUGACAUACUGUAUCGUUAGUUUCUUACGAGAGGGUAGCCACAGACAUAUGAUAUACCAGGAUGUAUCAAUAGAGCGGAAGCCGUUUGUUUGGCGAACUCUACAAGAGCACAAUGAUACAAAUGACGGCAUAUCAUGCAGGAACUCUGUACAGGGGAAACUACUUUUAGUAGAUGAUAGAGGAUACAUUUGUCAAAGAUCAGACAUGAUGAAGAAUGGAUGUUGUGACCCCGACGCGGAGUCUUCUAAGAAGUACAGUUGUGAGUCCUGCAAGGAGAACAACUGUUGCAUUAUUUACGAACAUUGUGUCUCGUGCUGUUUAGAUCCAGGAAAGAGAGACAUGUUAGAGCUAGUAUUAUCAAAACUCUCAGCGGAAGAAAAUGUGUUGUUCCGCACUUUGAGUGACGACUAUGAGUUGUGUCUAACCAAGUGUCGAACCAGCUCACAUAGCGUCCUUCACGAGAACUCGUACAAGGACCCUGCACACAAACACUGCUUCGGCCACGAACCGCCCAAGUUCAGGACACCAGACUAGUAAAUAGUGAAAUUAGGUAGCUACUUUAUAAUAUUUUAAUUUUACUUUUAGACAGCUGGAAACUUGCUCUAGAAAUAUCUGUUUUAGCGGUUCUCAUUGCUGAGCUGUUGACAUUAUAAGUCUCCAGUUAUGAAAAACAUACAGUUUUACCAUACUACACUCAUGCAAGUUUUAAUUACUGUAAAGUAUAGGGCCUAGAAACUGAGUGGAACUACUUCAUUAACAAGUAGAAGUAAAGGAAGUCCAUAUAAUGUUAAUAAUAGCUCCACUCAGCUUAAUUUAACAAAUUCAAUGAUGUUGAUUCUGGUGAACUUGAUUUUCGUUUAGUUUAAUUUGAUAGUUCUAAAAUUAGUGCUACCUAUGCCUCACUCAUACUUAGUAAACAUGGUACACCAUCUAAUUUAUUUUAAGUUACACCUGUCAUUUUCUUUUCCGACAAAAAGGAAAGGGACGGGUAAUCGACAGGCAUAAAAUAUAAGGAGAAAACGUCAAUUUUAGGCAGACACUUAAACAACCAAAUUUUACAUUGACCAAUAACCCGACAGUAUUAAGUUGACAGAACACGACAAACAAGUUACAUAUCAGCGGGAUGCCUAUUUAAUUUUUUUUUUAAAUGGAGAGCUGUCAAUCAUCCGUCCCUUUCCUUUUCGGCAGAUAAGAAAUUGACAGAUAUAACUUAAAAUAAAUUUAGGAGAUGUCUGCAGGAAUCAAAGCCACUAUUUUAAGAGCUAUCAAGCUAAAAUAGUAAUCAAGAAUUGUCUACCAGAAUCAAAACCAUUAACAAUUGAAAAUCAGUACUGUUAAGUAGACUUUGCACUCAAUGCAUCAAGAUAGUGAUAUGUUAUUAUCCCAUUUGAAUUUAGAUAGUUUUUUAUAUUUAAAGAAGUUAUAGCAAAUAAUUAUUCUUUGAGCAAUAAUGUUACUGUUAGGAUGAUAUGUUUUAAGUAUACUAUUUAUUGCCAAUUUUUACGUAAAAGUUUAACCUCAAAUAUAAAAUAGCCGUCUUCAUCAGUACUUAAAAGAUUUAUUGAGGAAAUUAUUUUUAUUAUGAUUUAGAAUAUUUUGCGACUUUAACUUCGUGCGCAGCGAUGAAAAAGGCACCAAUCGCCCAAUGCCAUUUGAAGUAGGUAGGAAUUAUACCUAUUAUUUGCCUGCGAAAUGAAUACUACGAAUUAAUACUGCGAUAUGUAGCUUCUAACACGGAAAUUUACUUCACGUAGACAUAUAAGAUGAAUGGUUUAGGAUUCCUUGUCAAAAUAUUAAAUCAAGUAAUGUUAGCAAAACAGUGCUCAGUUCGCAUUUUUCGCUAGGUGUAUGUUAUGCCUAGUUCGGAAAACCCGUGACUUACAUCGAAUUCCGUCUCGGGGCCCUAAACCACCGAAUUUGGCACGUGGUGUUUAGAAUAUUAUUAGGCUCGCUCCUACGGCUCGCUCCCUAUUACAUGGGACUUAGACACAGCUGUCAAGUGGGUGCAUUACUAUACAUCAAACCCAGGUGUGAUGCUAUGAUAUGUUAUGUCAUUUGCUUUGUGAUCGAGUGAUUUAAAUUAAGAAAAAAAAUCGGGUGUCAUUUGACAGUUGAUGGUGAGUAUUGUGGUCAGAGGAAAUUAAAUAGAUGAGCACAUCAAUGCAAAAAGGUGAACGAACUGUUCGUGAAGUCCAAUGCAAACCGUUGAAACAAAUAUAAAGCUGUGGCACUUCACUAUUUUUAUCUCUUUGUUCGUACAUUACAUACAUACAGUACAUUAUCCUUUUGUUUUGGACUGAUUUAAGGCUUGCAUUUACAGGCUGGAAACUGGUAAACUCUUUACCAUAAAUCAUAUAAUAUUAUACAUUAAGUAUAAUACAUACAAUAAUUAUACAUUAAGUAUAAUUUUAUAUAAUUUAUCCCGCGAUAUUUAGCUUUAACACUCUCUUAAAUUAUUACGAAUGCCUUAAUUACGAUUUAUAUUAUUUAGAUAGUAUACCUAAUGUAAGUUAACUUUCAUAUUUAAAUCAUGUUCUUGAAAACAAUUAUUAACCAUGCCAUACUACUGUAUGGUAGACACUACUGUGUCUACCGAGACGGACCUAACUUCGUUGUAGUUAAGGUUUGCAGUAAAAAAAAGAAAAGGAAUCAUCAUCGUCACGUUGAAUAACUUGCGGUAACUUAAUUCUAGAUUAGUUUGCUCUAAAAAUAGUGAUGUCCUUUAUUUAUUUUGUGACUGUAAACUUUAGCUAUAAUUAAGUUUGGUCCGCUAGAACAACUCUAUUGUUAUUUCCGGCCUGAACCAGUGAGUGGAUUGAUAACUUAAUUCUAGUUUAGUUUAACAGCUCUAAAAAUUGCGACGUCCCUUACGUAUUUUUUUAACUCUUGAUGUUACCUAUAAUUUCGUUUGGUCCGACAGAUGAAACCGACUAUUUUAUGUCUGGCCUGAUUCAUCAGUGAGUGGAUUGAUAACUUAAUUCUAGUUUAGUUUCACAGCUCUAAAAAUAGCAACAUCCCUUAUAUACUUUGUAACUCUUAAUGUUAACUAUAAUUAAGUUUGGUCCACAUGAACCAGUAAUGUGCCGGUCUCGGAAAUGUUCCCAAAUGGGAAUGUGUAAAAGCUCUUUAAUAGUAAGGAUACUGGCUGCUUUUCUUUUUCAAAUUGUUCUUUCUUGUGCUCCGGUCAGGUUAGGUAAUAAAGCUCUUUUUAUGUUUCCACUUUGGGAACGGCACUUCACUGGCUAGAACCGACUAUUUUUAUGUCUGGCCUGAAUCAGUGAGUGGAUUGAUAAUUUUAAGAUAAGAUACUUUAUUUGCCAAACAUGAGUAUAUAACACCUUAGAGUAACUGUGAGAGGAGUAGUGAUACGCAGGCGUUCUCCCAUAGUGUUUGCACAUUUAUGAAGUCCAAAACUAGUUUGUAUCCUACCGACUGAUUUUCUCGCCGAACGAUAGUGUUUACCAGAUUCUAGAUGGUUUUCGAUAAAAAUGUCAAAGAGAUAGGAGUCUACAUUUACAGCUGUGGGUCUCGUAUAAUCAUUUAAAAAUAUAAUUAUUAUUUUGUUAAAUUAUAAUAAUUAAAGUAAUAAUUAGACCUACCUUAUUAAUUAUUAGAUCUUUAUUAUCAUAUUUUAAACUUAAACGUCUUCCGGAAUUUAUCGAUAAAUGUGUUAUCCGGAUGAAUUCCGGUAUUAAUGACGUAGCUUUCCUAUUCUCUGCCCCGCAAAAAAGGAUAUUUUUUGACGUGAUUUAUUGUAGAUUUGCCACAGAGGGCAUUAACUACUUGGCCGGACAACUGGGAGAGCUGAGAGCUCUCACCCGGUACAAAAUAUAAGACAACAGGCCUGAGGAUGCCCAGUUGGGCGCAAACCUCGGCUCAGGGUGUCGUCGGAUAGGAAGCUUUAUAAAUAUUAUAAGUCCGCCAUGUUUUGCCUUCAGGAGUAUCUUUUUGGGCGAUGAUGGACCGAUAUCCUGUCAUUAGCUCAUUAUUAUGUCCAUCUUAGUACGAAUAUCAGGCGUGGCGGAUUGACUUAGGUCACCUUUUCACCUACUUAAAUCUUGAAUAAAUAUAUACCUCAAGGGUUUUUUUUAUUACAGGGCACUGUUUUAUUGGUGUUGUAAUUUUUACUAAAAUAAUAAUAAAUAGUUAUGUUCAAGAACUCAUAUUAAAACCAGACACACAUACUCAUCAAAUAUUACAAUUAUUUUUCACGGUUACCAAAUUAGUUAUUUAAUACUUGUUAUGUAGGUAAAAGAUUUUUUAUGGAGUAAUAAAAUAUUUUGUACAAUAUUUUUCGAGUCUUAAUUUAUUACUGUACCUAACACCUCAUUAAGAAUAACCCUAAAUUUAUUAUCGUACAUAUUCGAGUAAAAAUGUAGAGUUCCAUAAUAACAUAACUAAAACAUAACUGUAGAGUUACAUAACUGAAUAAAUAUUUUAAGUCCGCCAUGUUUUGCCUUCGGGAGUAUCUUUUUGGGCGAUGAUGGACCGAUAUCCUGUCAUUAGCUCAUUAUUAUGUCCAUCUUAGUACGAAUAUCAGGCGUGGCGGAUUGACUUAGGUCACUUUAAGUUUACACCUUUUCACCUACUUAAAUCUUGAAUAAAUAUAUACCUCAAGGGUUAUUUUUUAUUACAGGGCACUGUUUUAUUGGUGUUGUAAUUUUUACUAAAAUAAUAAUAAAUAGCUAUGUUCAAGAACUCAUAUUAAAACCAGACACACAUACUCAUCAAAUAUUACAAUUAUUUUUCACGGUUACCAAAUUAGUUAUUUAAUACUUGUUAUGUAGGUAAAAGAUUUUUAUGGAGUAAUAAAAUAUUUUGUACAAUA